AUGCGGUCUAUGAUUAAUCUCGAAUCCUUUUCCCUAAUACGCCACCAUCGUACAAAGGAAAACCCGUCCAAACCGUGGGCAGACUACGAACUUUACAAACCUACGAGAUCAAACAUUUCAUCCCUGCUUAAUAGCCUCCCUGCAAGCUGCAUCAAUUUGGAGGUUGUGGUUGGAGACACCGAAGGCGGUCCUGGACAAACGCAUCUGUGUGAGGAUCUGCGGCGUUUACUACCUCGUAUGGUUCAUGUUCACGUCGAUUUGGACCCUGUUUGCGAUGAAAUGCUAGGUACAUGGGACUACGACAAAAUCUUCCACCCAAUCAGCCUACCGUGCUUGGAGAGCCUCCAUUUCGAUUGUUUCGAGGACAAAGUGUGGACACAUCGGCGUCCGGUCCAGACUUUGAAAAUCUGGCACUCGUUAGUCCCAGCGUUGCAGCAGGUAGCAACUCUAUCAGAUACACCAUCCUCGGCCAGAAUUACAGCUUUGGGGGUGUCUCCUGAGGGCCUAAGCGACGACCUUUCUAUCCAUCCGACGUACUUACGAUGUGACGUAAGAAGAGAAUCCAGUAACACAAAGACUUGGGCAUUUCCAGUCUCACCAUUACCGGGUCCGGAACCGCUCAGGGCUGUCAACUACAUCCGGAUGAGAGAUGGGGAGUCAUAUGUAGCCGUCGAUCGCAGAGACGUCGUCACCAUAGCGGGAGAACACCCAUGGAGAACACUAGCUACAGGCACAAGAUUGCCUACAGAUUGGACUCGUGGCAAAGAAUUGAUGCCUGACUAUGGCAUAUUCGACUACGAAGAGUGGAUCAAAAUAUACCCGAAAAAGCGUCCUCUGCUAAUACUGAAUGAAGAACUAUGUGGUCAGCGUCUAAUAUCUGCCGAGGAACGGGAGGGGUAUCAGAACACAGAGAACUUGGUGGAGAAAACACCGAAAGGCUAUGUUCGGUAUGGUGGGCCUGUGUGGCAGUACGAUGAGUUGUUUGAUGAAGAAGACGAAGGGCCGGAAGGAUUGACACCAGAUGCACCAAACGCGAACGCGAGAGUGGGAUGUGUGGCAUAG